AUGAAGGAAAGAAUAAUAUCAAGACUUCACUUGGAACAAUUCAUCCAAGACGAAGUUUUAUUCUAUUCGAUAGUUUUAUUCGAAAAACAAGUUUAUUAUAUUUGUGUCUGUGCUCACUUCAUCUAUUUAUUUAAAGAAUCCUUCACUAAUUUACCAAUUCCAAUUCUAUUAGAACAAAUUGAAUGUAUUGAAGUCUACACAGACCAUGUAUCCAAGUUUAGUAUAGUAAUUUCUGAUAAAAAUCAACUAAAUCAAAAAGAAAAGACACUUCAACAUUUAGUUUUAGAAGCCUCCAACAGGACACAACUCAUCAAGGAAUUACAAAUUCACUACAAAACCAACAAGGUCCUAAAAAAGUGGCACUUUGAUGGUCAAUCAAAUUAUGACUUGAAAAUUGUAAACAAAACUCUCAUUCCGAAAAGCAAUACUUCAAAUAUGGAAGUUGGAGAGGGUAUUAUUAAUAAUCCAUUUCAAAGUUUAAAACUCGACCGUUCUCACAUUAUUAAUUUACAAUCAAAAAUUUUGAAAAAGUUUCCACUCACAGAAAAGAAGGCACGUGUUGAAAAAUUAUUUAAUGGAUAUUGGUUUAUUAUAAAUGAUAAUAAUCUGGUGAGAAAACCAAUUCCUUCAUUGGGUGAAUAUAAGAGUAAACCCUAUUAUGAAGUUGUUUAUGAAAAGAAAAAAGAGGAUCAAACUCUAUUGGCUGAUAAAUUGGUUGUAAAGAUUAUUCCAAUAAGAAAUUCAAAUGCUCCUAGAACAAAUAUUAGAACUUUUGCACAAAAGAUGAUUUCCAAUAACAUGCUAUCAUCAUGUUCAGAUUUUGACAUUAUUCAGGAUGAAGAAUUUGCAAAGGAACGUUCCAUUUACAAGUUUGAUAAGACCAUUACAGAGGCCUAUCAAAUCAAAUCAAAAUAUUAUUACUUCCCUAAUGUAUUUUCCAAUAACAGCAAGAAACAAAAGAAUAAUUCAGUACCUGAAAAUGGAUUGACCUAUUUGGAAAAAAUUGAAUUGCUUUCAUUGAGUGAUCCAAAUGCAUCAAUUAUUCCACAUUAUAGAAUCAAGCAUGUCAUUGUUUGUAGAAGGAGAUUUAUUCCUCCAUAUGCCACUCACUAUCAAGAUAUUGUUUUUGAAUAUGACUAUGCUGAACAGGAUACACAAGAAAAGAAUGAGAUGCAAACAGAAUUUUUGAAUUUGUGUGCACAAUCAUUGAAUCCUCUCCCUCAAUGUUUCUUGUAUGAUCAAUUGACUAUUAGAACCAAGUUGGAGUCAUUAUCUUGUGAUGAAGAUUUUUAUUAUUGGGUAAAUUUAAAGUUUGGAUUGAAACCUGAAUUAUAUCCUCUCAAGUGGAGUCAGGAAGUUACAGAGGAAACUCGUGUCGAGUCAUUUGUUAAAUCAGUUUCCAAUAUUAUUGAUAUCAUUGUCAAUUCGGCUGAACAUCAAGUUUCUGAUCCAUUUGCUAUUGAACAUGAUAUUGUCUAUAAUGUUGACAGUCCUGAUACUGUAAAAACUCCAUCCAUUCAACAUAUCAUUCAAUGGAGAACAAAAGUUUCAUUCUAUUUGGGUUAUUAUAUUGAUGAGGUUGAAACUUCCAGUUUUGAAAAGAUUAUCAAAUCACUUCUCAUUCUCAAACAAAAAGGUGAAAUUUCCGAUAAGAAGCUUCUCCAAUAUAGACGUACACUCAUUCUCAUUUUGGAUUACUUCCUUCAUUUGAGAAUUGUCAAUAGAGAAUAUGAUUUUGAAAAGACAAUUGAUGAGAAAAUUGAGGAAAUUGAGCAAAAAACUGAUGAAAUGCACUAUAGCUACUUUGAUAUGAAUCAAAUGAACUUGGCUGUUCAAAAUCAAAUGAAUGCCACAUCCGCAUCCGGCUCCUCAAAUCCUGGUGGUUUGACUCAAUUCAAUGAUGAUGUACUCUAUGAUGAAACUGUGGAAAAACAUGUUCAACAACUCAAGAAUAACCAACUUUCCAAACAAUUACAAUUGAUCAUGUACAGACAAAUGUUGAUUGGUGGAAAGAAUCAUUUGGAAAAUGGAGGAAGUGCCUCCUCAAUGGCUUCCAAUCACACCAGUAGAACUGUAUGCAACAUGAAUGCAAACAUCUUCCUCAAAUUGAUGAAGUUGAAUUAUUUCAUUGGUGUUUUGGGCAUGACCCCUCUCUCAUUUGUAAAAUUACUCUCAAAUGCUAUCCACAUUAGCUCCAUGUAUCAUUAUGAGACCAUUUAUGAAAUUUGUUAUGAAAUUUCACAAUGGUUGAACAAAUGCAGUCAAACAUCAAAGGUUUCUGCUACAUCCACAUCUGCUUCAUCUACUAACAAUGAUGAUACUGACUCUACAUGCAGCACAGAUGAAGACACUCCAGAGUCGAGAGGUGUUUUAAUCCAAAUUAGAGAUACAUUAUGUUCCUACACUCCAUUCCUUCACAGUUUAUGUUCCUUGCUCCAAUAUGAUGAUGAUGGAUUAUUGGCCAUUGUUGCCAACAUUUUGGAAAAAUUGACAUACUUUUCAGAGAAUGUUAGAAAGUGGUUUACAUCCAAUGAUUAUUUGCAAUUCCUUGUUGAUCAUAUUGAAGCAUUCAACUCUAGAACACAACCAAACUUGGCCUCUUCAUUCUUGAGAAUAUUGAGAAAUUGUUGCAAUACUACUGAUAAGAGAUCAGUCAUAACUAAGGAUGGUGAAAUUGUUCCACUAGUUGUUAGACACAUCCUUCCAAACAUACUCACAUCUCUAGUGGCUGAAUCUAUUUCACUCUCUCAACAUACAGAUGAGCAUGUCAAGCUUCCAUUCGAGAGUCCACAUCGUGAAGAUUUGUUAAAAUCAGCAUUGGAUGCAUUAUUAAUUAUUGUUCAAUCAUCAUCAGAUAAUGAAAUUGGAGGUGAAGAUGAAGAUGAGUUGAUGAGUGAAUUGAUUGUGAAUGAAACAUCCAUCCAUACAUUAAUAGAAUUAUUGGGACAUGUUGUACGUCGCAUGAUGAGUCAACAAAACACCAACAUGCAUGUGAAAAUCCCAUCUUAUUUCACAACAUUAUUGAGCAUUCUCCUAUCCCUCUCAUCACAUGAGUACUUUAGAGGAGUGGCCAUCUCUAUAGUAUUGAGCACAUCAAGUGGAAGUGUGAUUAGAGGUCUCUCUCGAGGAAUUGCCAAUAGCCACACAUUAAUUACUCUCCUUGUUCAAAUUGUGAAUAUUGUCCAGCCAAUGAUUGGACAUUCACCACUCAGCAUUACUAAUGGAUCACAUACUCCUCUAAGAUUGAGAAGAGAUGCCCUUACCAGCACUCCAACCACUCCACAUGCAUCUGGUUCUCCAACCACACCAAAUAAUGGUACAACAAAUUCCCAUACUACAACCACUCCUCUAAAUGGCAACAUUCAAGCAAAUGAAAACAUGGUACAGAUUAGGUUCAUCCUAACACUCGUACUCAGUACAUUACUCAUGCUGUCAUCCAAUUCAAAGGCACUUCAAGAGAUGAAGGAGAACAUGUUGGAAUUGCUCAUCAAGGAAGUGGAAGGUAAAACAUCUCAACUCAUUUUACCAAAUGAAAGUGAAGACAACUUGACCAGUACUCCAUCUACCUCUCAUAACAUCAAGGUCAUUACAUCAGUAUUGAGUCAUCUUCAGAACAGAUUAAAGAGUGGACCAGCUGGUGGUCGUAGUCAAACCAUGCCACCUUCAUCUCCAUCCAAUACCAUGAACUCAUUCCUCAGAAGAAAACUCCUCUAAGCUACUACUAGUCUUCUCCGCCACCAUUAACAUACACAUGUGUAAGGAUGUGUAUGUAGGAAUGAAUGUCUUGAAUUCACACAUUUAUGAAUGUAAAUGUGCUCAUGUGGAUUUUUUUGGUGUGUGUGUUAAAAAAUUAUUUUGAAUCAAGACCAGACCUGAUGGUGGUGAGUUGGUGAACUAGGCAGUUUAUGCGAAGGGUCACAAGUAAAUAAAAUCCUUAUUAGUGUC